CAAGAAAAAAUUGAAAUCAAGAGAAUAAUAGAAAUUUUGCUGAAAGAAAAACUCCAAAAAUUAGCCGAUACCCAUAUUGAUGAACUCCGCAGUACACAUACAAAUGUGGAGGAAGAUGAAGAACCGGGACAAUUCAACAAAGAAUUGGACGUUGCCGAGAAGGAGGGAGAGACGGAUAAUUCCCUGAGCUCGUUUGAGAACUCGGAAACCAGAGGACUUCUUGAAAAAAAUCUUAACAACGAAAGAAGUGACCAAGAGGAAGAGGAGGGAGAGACGGAUAAUUCCCUGAGCUCGUUUGAGAACUCGGAAACCAGAGGACUUCUUGAAAAAAAUCUUAACAACGAAAGAAGUGACCAAGAGGAAUCACGGGGAAAGGAGGAAAAAGAAUUGGAAGAAGCUGAAGACCUACAAGGAGGAUCUUUGUUGGAAACGGAUGGUGGACAUGGGGCGGACAUUGAUGGGAAUGUUGAACCUGAGGAUAACCCUGAACUGUUUUCACUGCUGAACAGCUUUUUGGACGAGAAGAACGGAGUUCAAGAACAGGGUGCUGGAAUGAACCAAGCUUACAAAGCACAGAAGGAUGGAAUGGACUCCGACAGACUGACACAUGAACAGAAAGUAGAAUUCGGCUUAGAGUCUGAAAAUCCAGGCGAGGAAAAGAGGAGUUUUGUCACUAACACAACCGUUUUUUGGCCCGGAGGCAUUGUACCAUACGAAAUCAGCAGUACUUUCUCAAGUGCCGAGAAAACAGUUAUCGAAACAGCAAUAGCAGAAAUGGCAACCAAGACCUGCGUCCAAUUUUUACCCAAGGCUCAAACUGAUUCAAAUGCACUAGGACAUAAUUCUUACAUAAGUUUUGUCAGUGAGAGUGGCUGUUGGUCUUAUGUUGGGAGAGUGUUCAGUAAUAAACAAUUAAUAAGCUUGCAGAAAGGCGGAUGUGUUACUAACAGCAUUGCGAUUCACGAGAUGUGCCACGCCAUUGGUCAGUGGCACGAACAGUCUCGCGCUGAUAGGGACAACUACGUUACCAUGCUAUGGGACAACAUCAAGGGAGGUCGAAGUAAUAUCAACAUGGUCAAACAAAAAACACUUGACAAUAACAAUUAUGACCACGAGUCUGUUCUACAAUACAGUCUUGGGGCAUUUAGCACCAACGGUAAACCGACAAUGGAGUUUACCGACAAGCGUUUAGACUUCUUGGCCAACUCUGCAAAUGGUCUGACCUUUUACGACGUCAAAGACAUUACUGCUGCCUAUCAGUGUACAGGAACUUGUAAUGUAAAACUGUGCGAGAACGAAGGUUUCCAAGACCACACCUGCGCUUGUUACUGUCCCGACGGCCUGAAGGGUGACAGAUGUGAGCUUGUUGACACCGACAGCAAUUGUGGCGGGAUCAUUGACGUCUCCGGAGGACCAGUAACCAUCACAAGUCCUAAUUACCCUAAUAAUUACGAUGUGAAUGCUCAGUGCACCUGGCUUGUUAAGGGUGGUGCUAAAGACUAUGUACAAGUAGAUAUUGAUGACCUUCACCUUACGGAUACCAGCGCUGGCAGAUGUUACCACUGGUUGGAAGUGCAAUACAAUCUGAUUGGCCAAACAGGCCCAAGACGUUGCGGAGUAGUGCAGGGAGAGAAUUACAUUACAUCUAUCGAUGGCUAUCCAAACCUUAUGCUGCUCAGAUUUGACAGCAAGUUCAGCAGUGAUCGCCCCAGCAGCAAGGGAUUCAGUUUGACAGUCAGAAGUGUAGGUAGCGGUUGUGCCACAAGUCCUUGUGUACAGGGAACAUGUAGUACUACAUCGGGCAAUGGGUUCACUUGUACGUGUGAUAAAGGAUUCACCGGCCAAACUUGCAACAUUGCCUCGGUUUCUUCCAGUUUCUCCUGUUCAUUUGAAGGACGGAAUUGUUUCCUUGUACAAGCUACUGACGACAAUUUUGAUUGGACGAUAAAUUCAGGUUCCACUCCAUCCACUGGCACAGGCCCAGACAGUGCACAGUUUGGUAAUAAUUAUUUGUAUGCAGAGGGUUCCAUACCACGGGUACCAGGAGAUAUGGCUCGCAUGUCAACCAACCUGAACUUCCCAGCCACGGAUCGAUGUCUGAGGUUCUGGUACUUCAUGUAUGGGAAUUCUGUCGGUCAGCUGACUGUCGCUGCAUCCGGGACCACCACACCCAAGGCUAAUAUUUGGUCACUGAGUGGAAAUCAGGGACAGACCUGGACACAAGUUUCCGUAAAUGUACCGUCCACCGAUGGACUCCAGAUUUACUUUGAAACCACCAGAGGAUCCAGCUGGGACUCGGAUAUUGCCAUUGAUACCGUGGAAUUGACACCUGGCUUAUGCUUGACUGAGAACUACAGCUGUACUUUUGAAAAUGCGGAGUGUUUCCUCAGGGACUCCCCCAACGAUAACUAUAACUGGACUUUGCAAACAGGUGGAACACCAUCGUCCAACACCGGCCCAAGCAGUGCACACACUGGUUCUAACUAUAUCUUCUACGAGGUAUCCAGUCCUGUGGCCCCAGGAGAAACUGCCAAGCUGGAGACUUACAAUGCUAUACCUGCUAUGGAUCGCUGCCUUUCAUUUUGGUAUCAUAUGAAUGGAGAUAGUGUGGGUAAUCUACAGAUUUCUACAACAAGCUCUGGAGUUCUGUGGACAAAGUCUGGUGACCAGGGCGAUAUGUGGGUUAGAGCUACGGUUAACUUGCCAGCGGACCCCUCAUUUCAGCUUUACAUCGAGGCUACACGAGGAAGUAGCUGGGAUGGUGAUAUCGCUUUAGAUGACGUUGAAUUAAUUUAUGGAACGUGUCGGAGUGUUCCUGUGACCUGCACAUUUGAAGAUGGGGCCUACUGUUUCCUGGAGCAGGUCAAUGCUGCAGUGGACAUUUUUGAUUGGACUAUAAAUCAGAGAGGCACCCCAAGCUCAAACACUGGACCAGAUAAAGCCCACACUGGAUCGAAAUAUGCAUUUAUUGAAACUUCCUACCCUAGAGCGAGUGGAGAUAAUGCAAUCCUCAGCUCUGAGCAGACUACUUUCAUACCCAUGAAUCGAUGCCUGCGGUUUUACUUUCACAUGAAGGGUGAUUCAAUUGGCGAUCUGAUUGUGCUGUCCGGCGAGCGAGGUUCUGAAACAACGGUCUGGAGCUUGUCGGGCGCACAAGGAAACGAUUGGGUGUACACUGAAGUCAGCUUGCCAACAGCAGCUGACCUUGUGAUUGAGAUUGAGGGUGUGCGAGGGAGCAGCUGGAGUGGAGACAUUGCUAUAGACGAUCUAGAGCUUAGUGCCGGACUUUGUUGAUGACUUUGUUCCUUUAGAGGAUGGAUAAAGGAAAUCCAAAUGGAAAUGGAAAUACUGACAUUAUAUUCAUAUCUUUAUAUAACAUUCAGUGCUGUUUUGAUUUUUUUUUUAAAUAAAUCCUAUUAAUGUUGAUCAAACAGGUGUGUUAUUCACUGCCUUAAUAUUGUGAAGAUAUUUUAAAGAGUAAAGACAAUGUAAUUUU